CUUUGUGGUAAAAGUUCACCCCAUCAGUUACGUCUGUGUCGUGGAUAUGCGACCUCUGGAGAACGUGGUGUUUCUGUCGGUAAGAUCAUUGGAGCUGGUGUCUUGUUUGUUGGCGGUGGACUAGGUGGAACCGUCCUGUAUGCUAACUAUGAUCUACGCUUUCGAGAAAAUGUAGAGAAGACCGUCCCCUUUUCUAAAAAGUUCUUUGAAAUGGCUCUUGGUCCCCCUCCUUAUAAUAUUCCAGCAUCAAAGAAGCCUAUGGAGCCAGGUCCACUAAAAAUCUCUUCUGUAGGAGAGGUAAUGAAAGAAUCUAAACAACCUGUGGUCAAAUCUUCAAAGAGUAAAAAAGAGAUUCCUUCAACUGCUAGUGAAGAAAAAGAAGCGGGGGCAGAAGUAGCACAGAUAAUAGCAGCGACGGGUGAAGCUUUGUCAAUUCCAGCUCCAGGGAUGCAGGAGGAGGAACGUAGCAAAGGUCCUGCACAGCCGGAAGAGAUUCACAAACAUCCGCCCUUGGGUGGAGAAUGUGGAGAUUCCCUCGCUGUCAAGGAGCGAGCACCCGAGGAAGUGGCUGCUCGUCUGGCCCAACAAGAUAGAGAGGAGCAAGAGCAGAUUUCGGCUCUUGCGGCCACCUUGGAAAGUGCUCUGAGCAGCACUGCUCGUGUGACCCUGCAUGCCAUCACGCUCCAGGAGGCUGCUGUGCAAGCUGUUAAUACCCAUGCUCAGAAAUUGAAAGAGGCGAUGGACAAUGCUGAGACUCCAAGUGAGACAAAGGCUGUUCAGUGGCGAACAUUGGAGGAAACCCUGAAGGAUCGUCGUAAAGCUGUGGACGAAGCUGCAGAUGCCCUUUUAAAAGCCAAAGAAAAACUGGAGAAAAUGAAAGGAGUGAUUGAGCAUUCCAAGAGGUCUCUAAUUCCUGGGGCCAAAUCUCACAUCUUGGCUGCUGAGGAUAAACUUCAUCGUAUGAUAAGUGACCUGGACAGUGUGGUGAAAAAGGUGCAGGCUGCCCAGUCAGAAGCUAAAAUAAUAGCUCAGUACCGUGAACUUGUAGCCAUAGCAAGGGAAGAAUUUCAGAGAGAGCUGGAUAAUGUUACUCCGGAAAUAAAACCUGGUAGGAAAUGGCUAACUGACGGACUGACAGCCGAUGACUUGAACUCUCUGAUUGCCCAUGCUCAUCGACGUAUCGACCAACUGAAUAAGGAGCUGGCGGAGCAGAGAGUCCGAGAGCAGCAGCACAUAGAGACAGCCCUGGAAAAGCAGAAACUGGAAGACAAAAAGGCUUUUGAGUCAGCUGUAGCCAAAGCCUUAGAACGUCAUAAGACUGAGAUCUAUAUGGAACAGGAAAAGAAGAUUGAAGAAGUCCGAGAAAUUAUGGAGAAUGAAAUGAGGACUCAGCUGCGCCGUCAGGCUGCUGCCCACACGGAUCACCUGCGGGAUGUUAUCAAAAUCCAAGAGCAGGAACUCAAGCUGGAGUUUGACAGGACCCUGUCAGAAAAGCUCAGUGAACAAGAAAUGCAGUAUAAGCGACUUGUUCAGGAACAGCUUGACAACUUCACUCUGGACAUCAACACAGCCUAUGCCAGGCUAAGAGGAAUCGAACAGGCAGUGGAAAGUCAUGCAGUUGCUGAGGAAGAGGCCAGGAAGGCUCAUCAGUUGUGGCUUUCAGUUGAAGCACUAAAGCAGAGCCUGAAGACGGCAUCUGGGGACCACCCCACUGAGCCGCUGGAAGGAGCCGUGGAAGCCAUCCGAGCAAGCUGUUCGGAGAACGCGUUCACCCAGGCCUUAACAGCUGCCCUCCCUCCAGAAUCACUCAGCCGGGGGGUGUACACAGAAGAGGCGCUGAGGGCACGCUUCCAUGCGGUCCAAAAACUAGCAAAGAGAGUGGCCAUGAUAGACGAAACCCAAAACAGCCUGUAUCAGUACCUCCUGUCUUACCUGCAGUCCCUCCUGUUGGUUUACCCUCAGCAGCUAAAGCCGCCUGCUGAGCUCAGACCGGAAGACUUGGGCACCUUUAAGCUGCUCUCCUAUGCUUCCUAUUGCAUUGAGCAUGGAGACCUGGAGCUGGCAGCCAAGUUUGUCAAUCAGCUGACGGGGGAGUCCAGGCGAGUGGCCCUGGACUGGCUCAAUGAAGCUCGGAUGACCUUGGAGACAAAGCAAGUGGUGGACGUCCUGACUGCCUACGCCAGCGCUGUGGGCUUAGGAACAACUCAGGUGGACUGA